AUGGUGCAAUGGGCGGCUUAUGGCGGCUUGCCAGCUCGGCUGUUUUUGGCAGUCCUCCUUGUGCAACGCAGUACUGCUACGGGUGGAAGGAAGCUCUUCCAGAGCUCGAAGAAUGUCUAUGAGUUGGAUGCCACGAAAGUGGAAUCCGACAUUGCCAAUGCCAGGAAUGCAUGGGUGGUGAUGUACUAUGCCGACUGGUGUCCGCAUUGCCAUCACUAUGCUCCCAUGUUUGAAAGGAUUGCGGCUGCGGUGUCACCAUUACAUCAAGGAGACGUGCACUUUGGUGCCUUGAAUUGUCCGGACUUCAUGGCCUUCUGCAUGAAGAUCCAAGUCUCGGGUUACCCAAGUGUGCGUGCAUACCAUUUCAAAGGUGAUACUGGCUCGUCUUUGAGUGGAAAGACUCCUGAUAGGAAGAUGGUGCACCAAGAGGACGCCUUUGUCGCCUGGAUUCGCAAGAAUGUUCCUUCACAGUCAAUCGAGACGCCUGCCAACCUCACUGUGCUCGGUCUGCAUACGGUGCCAGUCUUGGUGUCAACCAAGCCAGGCACGGUCCCGAAGCUGCGCGGUCACAGCGAGGCUGUUGGUACCACAUCGAUUGCAGCAGCCAGUGUGCUUCACCAGACGGAGGCGUUGUCAGAUGCGCUUCCUGCUCUCCAUUUAGUCGAUGCAGAGGUGGCCAUACUCUAUUCCCUCAGUCAGGGGGCCUUUCUGAAAGGUAGCCCGGAUGGCAUGCUGAGAGGUGACAGCUUGGUUGAGCUCCAACGUUGGCUGGACUUCCUGAGUCGCAGACUACCAGGCUCGAGUCAUCGUGAUUUGAAAUCACUGGCAGACAGGACUCGCGAGGCCCUGGACGAUUCUCCGACCGGAGAUGCGCUAGCUGUGUCGGCCUUCCAGACAAUCCUGCUGAAGCAGGGGCUGGACAGAGCGCCUCCAGAGGCUGGCGUCAAGCCGGAUGCAUACUGGCGCCGCUGCAAAGGCUUUACGUGCGGACUCUGGACACUGUUUCAUGUGCUGAGUCAGGCCAAAGGUCCGCCUGACACAGCUGGGCAGGAACUACUGACGCGCAUCCGCGGCUUCGUUGCCAACUUUUUCGGCUGCCAGCAGUGUCGAGAGCAUUUCCUCGAGGCCUUUGACUCUUGCAAGUUCGAUCGCUGCCACCUCAAGGCUGACGAUGCUGCUGGCGCAGCUCUUUGGCUGUGGAAGAUGCACAACGAUGUGACCUUGCGAGUAGCAGCCGAGAGUGGCCGUCCAAUGCCAAAUCUCUGGCCCGCUGUGGAGGACUGCAAAACUUGCAGGCUUCAAGCAGCACGCUUAAGCAACGUGACUACGCGCUUCGACGAAGCGGCUGUGUUGGCUCACCUUCGUUCCGAAUACUGGAGCUCUGAGUGGCAGCAAGACCAUGCAGGACGUCCUUUCAUGCCAGGCCCUGUGGCCGAGGGCUUCCUUGGCACUUUGGUUUUUGCCGUUUGCCUUGCUACUUGGAUGGAGUCAGUGGGCGAGUUCGGUCAAUUUGAUUGGAAUCUGUCGCUGUGCUUGCCGCUGGCUAGAGUCGUCUGCGCCUGCAUGCUCCAGAGUCGACUGCACAAAGGCCUUGGCGGUGCUACGCUCGAUGCGGUACUGUCCCCGAGGCCCAGAGUGCCCGGGGUCAGGGUGCUAGACGUGAAACAACCAGAAACUCCAUUGAACCUGGAUCAUCGUUCAGAGAGUGGGAAAGCCAAGCGAAGCUCGAAGCCCGAGUGUCCUUCUGAGUGUAGCGACAUGUUCCGAGAUGUUGCGGAGCCUUGCGAGGUAAAGUUGCGGGCCGACGCUGCAAAGAUGGAGAACCAUGACCGAGCAGAAAUGAGCUGCAUGUGCGAUGCGGCUACGAGCUACCCGAAGAUGUUCGGUUUGGCGGCCAUUCUUAGAGAGAUGCUCGAAGCGAUCAGGAUGGCCUUCCCUCGGGCCUAUUCGAGCAUAAGCCAUGACCAGAUGUUGAGACAGGCAAGCACGUACUGGGACUCCGACACACGCAGACGCUAUCGUGCGCAUUCACCGGAGGUGGAGUGCGGGACACCACGAGUGCAUGCAAGAUCCAUGCCUCAGCCCCAAUAUCCCCAAUCACCUGGGCAGCUUCCACGCGCCUGGUCAGCCGUGACUUGGUGUAGCAACGGUUUGCAUGCUUCCGCCAACAUUCCCAUGGCCUCACCGCAGAAGCCCAGGGUCAUCGAGAAGCCAGCGCCUUUCCAUUUCCCGCAGCCGCCAAAAGCAGUUGUGGUACAAAGCAAUGCACUUCGACUUGGGGGCUUUGGAGGUGCACAGAGUCCGCGCCUGCGGCAGCAGCAGCCGAGGCUGAUUAGCAGCCCGCCGCAAAGCCCGGCCGCAGCGACCUCCUCGAUUUCAGCCCUGGUGGGAUGCGGCGCUCCUGACCGGAAAGCGCGUGCUUCUGGUCAGGGACAAGCGCAGUCAACAUCACGUCCUGCACCGUCUGAAAGACAAGGCAGCGAUGCCGAGGAUGCCCCUGAAUUCAGCAUCCCCAGCACAGACCUGGACGGAUUGCUCCGGUACCUCUACGGACUUUGCCAGCGCGGGCUCCGCAUUACAGAGGCUACGUACUGCGUCAAUUCUUGGAACUUGUACGGGCUCAUCCCACUCAAGCAUCACGGCUUCAUCCUCUUCACAAAGGGUUGCCGACUGGACUCCUAUCUGACACUGGAUUUCAGCUCGAGGGGGAUUCUCUGGGACACGUUCGACACGUAUCCCGAUGUGCCCGAGGGCACAUUCUUUGCCAAAACGUACAACAUCAGUUUAGAUCCGCUGGCUCUCAGAGAAUACUGCAAGGACACGGAGCCGUUCUCGUGGCCUCACAAUGAUUGCAAAAAGUGGGCCAAAGGCAUGUUGCGGUUGAUGGGCAUCAAAGAGGACCCAGAUGUGGAUGGUGCCAUCGACAAGCUCACGAGGGGAAAUAUGCGACUGAGAGACAUCAUCACAUGUGGGGGCAGCACUGCUCCAAGCGCGUCGCGUUUCAUUGGCUGCAUGCAAUAG